AUGCCCGCCAUGGUAUCCCCUCGCCCGCGCAUCACCAUCCUAGGCUCCCUCAACAUCGACCUCGUCAGCUACGUCCCUCACCACCCACUGCCCGGAGAGACCCUCACAUCCACACACUUCAACACAUCGCCCGGCGGCAAGGGCGCCAACCAAGCCGUAGCAUGCGGCAAGCUCUCCCGCGCAAGUGACCUGUCCUCGCCGUCCGCCGACGUCUCCAUGCUGGGCGCCGUGGGCGCAGACCAAUACGGCACAACGCUACUAGACAGCCUCACGUCCUACGGCGUCGACACGUCGGGCGUGGUCGUCCGCAAGGACGGCAAGACGGGCAUCGCCAUCAUUGUCGUGGACGAGCCGUCGGGCCAGAAUAGAAUCAUCUUGUCGCCCGAGUCGAACCACAGCCUUUUGCCUAGGGAUUUCGAGGAGCUGCCCUCCCCGAAGCCAGACCUGCUGAUAAUGCAGCUGGAGGUGCCGUUUGAUACGGUUAUACAGGCUAUCAAGGCUGCUAAGAGCGAGAGCAUUCCCGUCUUGUUGAAUCCUGCGCCGGCGCAGGGUCUUCCGGCGGAUGUGUACGAUGGGCUGGCGCACUUGAUUGUGAAUGAGACGGAGGCGUCGAUUCUUUCUGGGCGGCCAGAGUCUGACUUGGAGGACAGGGCUGGAUUGGAUGGCGUUGGCAACAUCUUUUUGGAACGCGGUGUGCAGCAUGUGGUUAUUACGCUGGGCGGACGAGGCGUUUACUACGCAACCAAGGAUGGAAAGAAGGAGUUGGUCCCCGCGCUCAAGGCGAAUGUUGUUGAUACUACGGCCGCUGGUGACACAUUUGUGGGAUCUUACGCAUUAUCCGUGGUGAAUGCAGGUGAACACGAGUUUGAUAUUGCCGCUGCUGUCAGGGCAGCUAACAGGGCGUCGGCAAUUACGGUUUCGCGAAAAGGCGCUCAAAUAUCUAUUCCCUGGAAGGACGAGUUGCAAUAG